AUGAACGCGCGCCCACACAAGCAAUCCAUGUCCGAGCUCAAGCUCCGCCGCCUUACGGAGCACAACCAGAGACUGCGAGAGGACUUGGCGAGGCCACGAAUAAGGGUGAGCGAGGCUAGUGCAAGUUUAAUCCGGUACUGCAAAACGACAAAAGACCCCCUCGUACCAUCGGUGUGGGGCCCCGUAGCAAAGAACGAGGAUCCUUACGCGAACCCAGGCGGAGGGAAGGGUGGCUGCUGCGUCUUGCAAUGA